CUCCCGCGCGGGCAUCUAGGCGCGCCUCGCCACCGCCCUCCUAGGCUGAGCGAGUACUGCCAGCUCUGGGCGGGGUCCUGCGGUUGUGAUAGGCUCCUCCUACCCGGCUCCUCCCCUCCCCCUCGGGCCCUCCUGCGCUAACAGUGCUCCUCCGGGCCCCUGCGCCUGCUCCCAGCCAUGGUGGCCAGGCUCACCGCUUUCCUCGUUUGCCUCGUUUUCUCCUUGGCCACCCUGGUUCAGAGAGGAUAUGGAGAUGUGGAUGGUCUUAAUCUGGAGGAUGCACUGAAAGAAACUUCCUCAGUAAAGCAGAGAUGGGACCAUUUCAGCACCACGACUAGGAGGCCAGUAACAACCAGAGCCCCAGCAAAUCCAGCAGAGAGAUGGGACCAUGUCGCUACUACAACUAGAAGGCCAGGAACAACUAGAGCACCAUCAAAUCCUAUGGAUGGGUUUAACUUGGAAGAUGCCUUGGAUGAUCGAAAUGACCUAGAUGGCCCCAAAAAGCCAAGUGCAGGAGAAGCGGGAGGUUGGUCAGACAAGGAUCUUGAAGACAUCGUGGAAGGCGGGGGAUACAAACCUGACAAGAAUAAAGGUGGUGGUGGUGGUGGUUAUGGCAGCAACGAUGACCCUGGAUCUGGCAUAUCGACAGAAACUGGCACCAUUGCAGGUGUGGCCAGUGCCCUUGCUAUGGCCUUGAUUGGAGCUGUAUCCAGCUACAUCUCCUACCAGCAGAAGAAGUUUUGCUUCAGCAUUCAGCAUGCAGCAGAAGGUCCAGAGGGUCUCAAUGCAGACUACGUGAAGGGGGAGAACCUGGAAGCUGUUGUGUGUGAGGAACCCCAAGUGACAUACUCAAAACAAGAAACACAGUCUGCAGAACCCCCACCACCUGAGCCACCCCGGAUUUGAGGCAGGUGCUUAUGAAGGAAGCCACCGCUUGUGACCCAGCUCCGGAUUUCAUUUGCUAAUCCUUUGCCCAAGUUUCUUCCCAUGCCACUGGCUGCUUAUUGUACUGAGUUUUCUGGACAAGCCUUAGGUGUUCAUGAGUGUGGUUUCUGUGCCCUGUCCUGCAGACUGCGGUGACUGCUCUGCCAUGGGUCCUCUAAAGAGGCUUGGUGCUGAGACUUGAGACCCAGAUUCAGCAGAUUACUAGCACCAGCGUUGAAAGUUUCUGGGUGAUAGAGACAGCUGGAUUCAGCCUUAGCAUGGGAAAAGGAGGAUGCCCAAGGUGGGGGUGGACCAGAGGAUGGUUUGGGCAGCACUGCAGACCAUUUCUGGUUAAGCAGUCUCUAGGUACUAUGAAACCCUUUAUCUACAUGCUAUAGUGGGUUGUUGUGGUGCUGAGCACUGAGAGCUGGGAGGAGUAUGCUCAACUGGCAUCUGGUGCAUAUGAAACCCAUUUUAAGACAAAUCAGACAGCAACAAGCUGCAACACACAUACAUGUACACACACACAUACACACACCACGUGUGUGCACAAACACAUAACACCUAGGCACUUUUAAAAAAUUGAUUGUUCUUCCAGACUUCAUGUUUCAUAUUGUUCAGCUUCCAGAGAGCUUGUCCAGGUGAAGGCUCUUCAGUGAUUUUAGUGCAAGCAUGGUCUCACAAUAGUCUUAUCCCAAGAUUAGGAAUAAGGAACAUGUGGGAGCUGUGACUUGCGGCUUGAUUCCCAUCAGAUUGUGUAGGGAUCUCCGGCUGGCCUGGUAACGGGUCUUGGAAGUCACACCUACAAAUGAACUUUCUCCCAGGUCAGGGUAGGUGUUUACACUACCCUGUACAUGAUCUUAUUUAAGUAGCAAGAGCUACAGAUCCUGAGGAUGAAUGUGAAAACCAGAUGCAUGCUUGUUGUUUAUUAGAAGUGGAUGGGGAAGG